CCUUUGCUUUGUGGACUGCCCAUUUGAAGCAUCGAGUUUGGCGUUACACUCGUCUGUAGUUUGACCUGACUGAGCGAAGUCGCUGCUAAUCCAUGUUAACAUUAACUGUAGCACAAACUAGGAUGUUUAUUUUGGCUAGCAAAAAAACAAAAACUAAAUGUUUGUUACUUACUUGAAAAAAUUUGGAGUGUAUGUUAGUACAACCAAAUGCUGAACAAGACAAUUUUAAAUGAACAAAAUGUUUCAAAAACUGUACUAAAAACAUAGUGUGAAAGGGUCAAAGUUAUGAGACGAAAACGGACAAAAACACGGACAAUGACAAACAACUUCAUUUCACAACACACAUUAACAAAGUGCCUUGGAUACGCUUUUUUUUUUCUUCUCUCCUGUUGACGGCUGGCCUUGUUAGCCACCUGUCAAUCAAAGGUAGCCACACCCAAAAUCAUAUGAUUCUUUAUCUUCUAUUUUCUUUUAAAUGGGGCCAUUAUUUAUAACAAUUAACAUCAUACUGUCUUGAAGAAAAGUUUUUACUAGCGAUUGAGUCCAUAGUGUUGUCCUUAAGGCACUUCCUGGUUUGCCUCAAUGCUCAGACCCGGAGGUUGCCGUCUGGGUGGGUACAAAGUCUUUAAUGUGACAAACUGGGUUAAACUGGGUAAACUCUAUACACUCCAUACAUCUAAUGCCCAGCCAUCUUAUCAGGCAUUUUUAUAUACAUUAUUUUAUGGUUCCUGAUAACUAGUGACUCAAAGUGUGAUGACCUGGGUUAAACAUUACACAGUUUCUACAUCUGAUGCCCAGUCAUCUUGUUACUAUAGUACAAGUUCAAAGUGUUCAGUUCACAGUGCCAAUCUUUUUUUCUAUAAAUGCUCUUCUUUGCAGUCUCUCCUCCUCACUCUCCGAUACUGCAGUUCUUUCUUUCACACUUCUCUUUUAGUCGUCUUUGCUGAAAAUAAUGGCCACAGCUGGAAAGGUAAUCAAGUGCAAGGCAGCAGUGGCCUGGGAGCCCAACAAGCCUUUGGUGAUUGAGGAGAUUGAGGUAGCCCCGCCCCAGGCCAACGAGGUCCGCAUCAAGAUUGUGGCAACCGGAGUGUGCCACACAGACCUCUAUCAUCUGUUCGAGGGUAUGCCCAAAGAUGGCUUCCCAAUAGUCCUCGGCCAUGAGGGAGCUGGCAUCGUAGAGAGUGUUGGGCCUGGGGUCACUGAGUUUCAACCAGGAGACAAGGUGAUUCCUCUCGUUAUCUCCCAGUGUAGAGAAUGUCGCUUCUGUCAAAAUGCCAUGACCAAUUAUUGUGAGAAAGGAUGGGUUGCCGAUCGAAUUCAUGAGAUGGCAUUAACUGACUCCAGGUUAACCUGUAAGGGAAAAAAGGUGCUGCAGUUUAUUGAAACCAGUACCUUCUCCGAGUACACUGUUAUCCAUCAGAGGGCUGUGGCUAAGAUUGACCCUGCUGCCCCUCUGGACAAAGUAUGUCUUCUUGCCUGUGGUGUCAGCACAGGAUAUGGAGCAGCAGUUAAUUCUGCUAAGGUGGAACCAGGCUCCACAUGUGCUGUGUUCGGCCUUGGAGCUGUGGGUUUGGCUGCAGUCAUGGGCUGCAAGGCUGCAGGAGCCAAGAGAAUUAUCGCUGUUGACAUCAAUCCUGAGAAGUUUGAGAAGGCAAAGGUGUUUGGUGCAACUGAAUUUGUGAAUCCUAAGGAUCACAGUAAACCCAUCAGUGAAGUGCUGUCUGAGAUGACCAAUGGAGGAGUGGAUUUCUCCCUGGAAUGUGUCGGAAAUGUGGAAGUCAUGCGCAAUGCCUUGGAGUCUUGUGUGAAAGGUUGGGGUGUCAGCGUGAUCGUUGGUGUGGCAGACCUGAACUUUUCUGUCCAUCCCUUUCAGCUCAUUCUUGGGCGCACAUGGAAGGGCUCCCUGUUCGGAGGAUUUAAGAGUAAGGAUGGGGUCCCUCAGAUGGUUAAAGCUUACCUGGACAAGAAGUUGAAGCUGGAUGAGUUCAUCACUCACAACAUGACUUUGGACCAAAUCAAUGAUGCCAUUGAACUGAUGAAGCAUGGCAAAUGCAUCCGGGCAGUCCUGAAUGUUUCUCCACAAUAACACUCACUCUGCCCUUUGAGAAAUCUCACGAAUACCUAGGCUUAGAAUGAAAUUUUAAGUCAGCUUACGUUUAAGCUCUUGUAAGUUAGUAGUUAUCCAGGUUGUAUUGAAACUUACUUACAAUUUCACAAAUAAAUGUUCUCUUUAAAAUAAUGUGUG